UUUACAGCACUCGGGUGGCCUGAAACAUGGAAGACUGGUAAAGCUGUGUGGGGCCCAUCAGCUUCAAACCCUAAUCUCUCAUGCUGGGGUUUACAGGAUGGGGAGAGAUGAAAAGAGCACAUCAGAAGAGAUGGCUGUCACUGCUCACAAAACCUUUAUUACUGUGCAGCUGCAACACAAAAUCACCUAAACACAAUGAAAGCCACACUCUACAAGCACCAGAUAUCAAGCACCCGAAACCGCACUCGCAAGUGGCCAAGCAACGCAGAAAAGGGAUGGCAUGGGAUACACAGCAGUGUAAUAAUUAGGCAGGGCCCGUUUGCAGGGCGUGUGAGAGGUGAAACAUGAAGCUGUCGGUUGUUAAGGACUGAAACCCUUCUCUCUUCUUCCAUCUCUCCUUCUCUUCCCCCCUCGCACUAAUCCAAACCCAUCUCCACAUCUUAGUGAGGGUCUAAUCCCAGCUUUUGCUUUAUUUCCCCCUAACUUUAGAUGGCUGGUAGGAAACCAAAACUUAAUGCACUCACUCCGAUAUGCUUCCCUCAGUGCUGCGCUUCCAUGUCAAGUCUCCUUCUUUCCGUCUUCUUUCUCUUCUUUUCACUCUCGCCAUCAUGUGGGUCUCUCUCUCAAGUCUAAUCCAUAGCAAGCUGAAUCCGGAACAUGGCUUUCUGAGCUGGGGGCCUGAGCAGCUGGAAACUACUAUUGAUAAAUUUUAAAGAAAAUUAGUCUUUUGCCUUUGCUUUUGCCUUUGCCUUGCCUUUGCCCCUUCGCUUCGAUCUUCUCGGUUUGCAUCGAAUUGGCGGCCUCAUCAUGCAGAUCAGAGAUAUUUGAUGCGAAGGCCAGAAACCAACUCAAAAGUUCCCAUCUUUAUUUUCCGAUGGAGGAGAAAAACAAAACUUUCAUGUAAUCAGCAGCUGGUUUGAGAAGGGGAAUAGAGAGAUCUCCAUCUGAGAAAACAUAAAAAAGAUGGAUUUUAGAAGACAAAACGACGACGACGAUGACGAUGAGACGGUGAGUUAUAACCCUCCAACCAUCCGGGAUUCUGCUUUCCCCAAACCUAUUCUGCCUUCUUCCUCUUCUCUCAUCCCGGGGGGAACCGUCCCCACAAUCGGAGUACGGAAUGGCAUGAGGUCUUCUUCUCCAGAUCUUUCUCUCGCGGCUGAAAGCGGAAAAGGAGAGGGUUCAAACUUUCGAACGACGGGGAUUGCAGGCGAGCCGUCUUCGUUGAAGUACCGCGAGUGUCUCCGCAACCAUGCGGCGAGCCAUGGCGGUCACGUGCUCGAUGGAUGUGGUGAGUUUAUGCCUGGCUCAGCCGACACCAUGAAAUGCGCCGCUUGCGGAUGCCAUCGAAGUUUCCACCGCCGUGAGGGAGAAAGCGACCAUCUUUUCUACCGCCACCACCAGCACAACGGCAGCAACCACUCCGGCGGAAACAGGGUAGCCGCAGGGGGAAGAAUCCCUCUCCUUCUUCCAGCCCCUCAGUUGGCGCCCCAUCAGAAGCACAUCCAUUGCUUCUCGCCGAGCCCUUCGGCGGGAAUGGUGGCCUUCGGAAACACCAGCGGAGGGACGACCACCGAGUCGUCUAGCGAGGAGCUCGGACUCACGCCAGCGGGAGCCAUGCCCGGAGGCUUCCAUAUGCCGCCAUUUGUGACUCCAUCCUCCAAGAAGAGGUUCAGAACGAAAUUCACUUCGGAGCAGAAGGCGAGGAUGAUGGAUUUUGCGGAGAGGAUUGGGUGGAGAAUUCAGCGGCAGGAUGAGGUGGACCUGGAUGCGUUCUGCGCUGAGGUUGGUGUUAGCCGCCAGGUUUUUAAGGUUUGGAUGCAUAAUAACAAGCAUUCUAUUAGAAAGCAACAGGAGCAGCAAAACCGAGAGCUUCAGCAGCCGCUGCAGCAGCCUUAGAAGCUGUGAGGAAAUGAGAGUUGUUUGCUUCUCUACGCAGAAGAAACAAAAACACUUCUUUGUGGCUUUCUAAUCCCUAAUUAAAGCUGUGUCAUUUUUCAUUUCUAUGCUUGGUGUUGGGAUGUGAGAACUUCUUCUUCUUCUUCUUCUUCUUCUCCUCUGGUUUUUUCCAUCUCUUCUGGUUUCUUAUGUCCGCAUAAAUUAAUGUUCGGUUGCCAAGGAAAAGAAGUGCCAAACCUCUGAAACCUCUUAUACCUGCAGGCUUUCUUCCUUCAUGCUUCAGUUGCUGCUGUGCUCUUCAUCAUCUUUAUGCCCUAAUUAGAAUUAGUUCCCAAUCUUUAUCUUCGGCAUUUGCUCUCCACCUAUAUGUUUAUUUAAGUAAUGGCUUCAUGUCUGGGUUCUCCUAUUAGCUAGGGUUAGGAUCCUAAAAACCUACUGCUUUUACUUUUUAAUUUGC